UUCACCAAAAUUCUUUUUUUUAGUUAUACCAGUUAUUAUAGUUGCUAUUUCGAUGGGUGCUACCAAGUUAGAAGGUUAUGGAAACUCAAAAUUUUGUUGGCUGACCCUUGAGUCAGGUUUAUUAUGGGCAUUUAUUGGUCCUGCUCUACUUGUAGUAUUAAUAAAUUUAAUCAUUCUCAUUCUGGUGCUAAAAACCAUGUUCAGCAGUCAUUCUAUGUUGACAAAAACUGCCAAACAGCAAGCAAAAGCUGGUAUGAGAAGUAUAUGUGUUAUAUUGCCAUUAUUUGGUGUCACAUGGGUGCUUGGUGUAUUUUCUGUCAAUGAAGAUUUAGUUGUGUUUCAGUAUUUAUUUGCAAUAUUCAACUCAUUACAGGGAGUUUUCAUAUUUUUAUUCCAUUGCUUCUUCAACAGACAGGUUAGAGAAAGUAUACAACAUAGUCGCAGAAGAAAAAGAAGUACUCAUAUAGAUUUAUCUAAGUCUACCUCACAAUCAUCUAAAACAAAAAAUUUAACUAGAGAAUCAUCGGAAAACAUUCACAAUAACUUUGAUGAAGAUUUAAAAAAUUCCAAGAACCCAUUCCUUCAGGCUGACAAUCAAGUUCAGCAGAUUGUUGAUAAAUUUAAAAAGACUGACCAUGACGGGAAAGAGUACAAUCUACAUAAAGAGGCUGGUAUCAAUAUAGACGAUAUCAAAAUCACCAAUAUAAUGAGGGAGGCAGAAAUUAAGGACUCCAGAGAACUGGGUUCUUCAGCACGCCAUAGUGCAUCAGGAAGUGAAAAAAGGAAAUCUGAUAGAAGCAGUACAGAAAAGUCAUCUUAUGGAUCUCGUGAGGGUCUGAAAUACAAAGCCUCAUCCAGCUCCUCAAGGACCGUGACUACUGCUACAACUAGGUCUACUGACCUAGACCCAAGACAUUCCAAUAGGUCCAGUGACCUGAGGCAUUCCAGUAGGUCAGACGAAGACUAUGAGUCUAAAAUGACAGAGAACCAAACAAGAUUAGAAAGUAUAUACAGUGGUACUUAUGAGAGAAAACUUAAAUCAGAAAAAUCUAGGUCUAAUCAGUACAGUCCUAAACAGCGAAAGAAAACAUUUGAGCCUGGUCCAUCUCAUAAGAAAGGAGGUUCUCAUUGGGGGAAGACUAAACAGAAAGUACCAUCAAAGAAACAGAGUUCACACGAUGAUGAAAGAAUUCACGAAAAGUCACGCCAAAAGAGAGGUAGACAUCGUGAUCGAUCAGAAAUGUAUGAAGUUGAUUAUUAUGACAACCCAGCUCAUCAAUCACAUCACCAUAGCAUGGACGAUGUUCACAUGCAAUACAUGGGAUAUCCACAUCCACAACAACCAUUUGUCAGGACAUACGAUCCUUUACGGACACCACAUGGCUAUCAUCGUCCAGAUGUUCCGUGGUAUGAAGUCAGACGCAAUGAUUAUUGUUGAUUUCAUCAUUUGCUAGCAUUUUUAUUACCAUGUCUUUCAAUUGGAGAACACAAAUAAAUGGGUGCUUGGAUGGAUGGAAUAAAUUGUCUACUUUGUUUUUGGAGAUUUCUGCAUCUAAUAAUCAGUUGUUUUCACAAAUUUCAUGAAAUAUUAUACUUUUUUGUGUCUUUAUAAAAAUGAAGAUUUUUUAUAUUUUUAUAAGACUUUCAAUGUUUGAUUGUAAAAUUUCUAUUAUUGAAAAUAUAUUGUGGUAGCUUCCAAAAAAUUAAUUAGAAUAUUUAUUCAUGUCUAGCAAUAUCAUUACAAAAAAAAGCAUAAGAAAAUAGAUCUGUGUUUAUAAUUUUAGAAUAUCAAGUAAAUCAUUGAAAAGGGUUGUGAUGUUUAUGUACAACAGUACAGAGCAUAUAUAAUACUUAUAAUAGGGUUUUCAAAAGUUAACAAUGUAUAAAAUGCAAAAAACAAUGAAUUCUCAUUUUUCAUUUCACAAUGGUAACCCUUGUACUGCAUGGCAAGUACUGAUAUAGUAAGAAUAUUAAUGUCACUUGCAAUUUAUGCAAUUAUCUUACAACGCUUAAACACUGUAAGAAUUUACCAUAAAUCAAAAAAAAAUAAUUGUGAUAUAAUAUGAUAACUUAAAUUACUUUUGCAAACCUGUGGAGUCAAUCUAGAAUUUUUGUGCUGAAACAUUACAAAGUUUAUAUGUGGAUUUUUUUUAUUUACUUUGUGGAGUUACGAACUGAAAAUUGAUGUAUUCUGAAACUACUUGUAAAGCAUGGGCAUUAUAGGGCCAAGGCAAAGAUAAGAAUAUUUUUUUUAUGAAAUUUGUUUUUUUUACCUUAUACAAGAAAUUUUACAAUGAAAGCUGUUUUUAAUGAUAUAUUUUUCAUGUCCGACAGAAUUUAUAAUUCAAUUUGACUGAAAUACUCCACACGAGGGAGUUAUUUUGCUAAGCACCAUCUCAGGGAAAAUGUAUGUCUCGUUAUGAAAUCAAAAUAUUAAAAAAAAUGAAAUCCAGUGUGUGAUUCAUGUUAAGUUUUGUAAGUGUAUGUAGUUGUUUCGUUUUAAUCAAACAUUUAAUUGAUCAGGUAUGUGAUAUUAUAUAUUAGCUUGAUUGUAUAAUCGAAAUGUAACAUAAUAUUUUAUUCACAAUAUUUACUGAGAAUAUGAGGAAAAUGUGAGAGGAAAUUUAUUAGAAUUCAUCCAAGUCAAGGGAGAAAUUUUCAACUUUUUAAUGAUUUAUUAUGUUGAUCAUGUGAUGUCAGCAAAAACAAAUUUUAUAUACCCUUAUUCAUGCUCAUAUUAUAUGCUCAUUAUUUCUUAGUCCAUUGGCGGAUCCAGGGGGGCUCCAGGGAUUGGAACCCCCCUUUUUUUUGACGAUCAAUGCAUAUGAAUGGGAGCAUAUAGUUGAAACCCCCACUUUACUCUGGGUUGGGACCCCUCCCCCCCUUUUUAAAAUGGCUGGAUCCACCACUGAAGUCUAUGCAGAGCUACUGUAUUUCAUAAAUGAUUUCAUUUGGAGACUUAUAAUUAUCAGUUCAGUAACAAACAAUCUCAUAUCAAUUAAUAAAAACUUUAAAGCAUGACUUUAGUUCAAAGCUCAGAUAUUGAUAUCUUGUCUUGCAUCAUAUCUAAGGAGAACAAGUAAGUAAACGUUUUUGAUAGUGUGUAAAAUUAGGUAAUUUGACCUACAUAUUAUGCAUGGACUAUUAAUCAUCAGAAUUUUAUACUGGAUGCUUCAAUCUGUAAGAAGAUUUGUCCUGAACAUGCAUGAAAUAUUUGCCACUGGACAUAAAUCAACCAACAACCAAUCAAUCAUCAAGAUAUAAGAAAAUACCUUAUUUUGUUAAUUUCAUAGUGUGUAGAUGCCAAAUAAUUUGAUAUAUAAAUGUAAUAAAAAUCUCUAAAACAAUUGUUGUAAGGAAAACCUUGCCUAUAUACUUAAAGAUACAAAUUGAAGACAGUCAUUUGGUAUUGUUAACAUUGUAUGAUUGCUACAAAUUCUGUAUAACAUUUUUUUAUGCAAUAUAAGUGUCUCAUUAUAUGCUUUUUUAUGCCUAUAUAAGCAAUAACCAUUUAUAUUUGUUAAUUAUGUGUGCUUAUUUAUAUAAAAUACAACAAAUUCAUGUGUCUCGCCACAGAAUCAUGUCUCUUGUAUAAAAACCAUACCAAUAAGAUACAGUGAUGAAUUAUGGCUAAUGCUAUAAACUAAG